CCUCGCCCCACUCCUAUGGUCCCGUUAUCCAACCUACAGCGCUACAGUGCCUGGCACUCCGCGCUGCUCCUCUUCGCCUUAUGCUGUUUUCUUAAAGUUCAUUUUAAUAGUAUCCUCUCGCAAUACUCGUGCCUGCCUCGUGCUUAUGGAUUCUGCGAACACGGCUGGCUGGGGGCGCUGUCCACCGCCGUCGCUCUGCUCGUCUCUCCUGUGACGAUCGCCUUUUGCAGGCGGAAGUCAACCCGCGUGACCGCCGUGCUGGGCGGACUGGUCACCGCGCUGGGAUGUCUGUUCACGUCGUUCGCCUCGCAGUUUCACCAGCUGUUCCUGAGCUACGGAGCUGUUGUAGGUAUCGGCGUUGGUAUGACACGUGACUGCUCCACGCUGAUGGUGGCCCAGUACUUCAAGCGACGCCGUGAGUUCGUGGAGAUCUUCAUCGUGUCGGGCAGCGGACUGGGGAUAGCCGUCAUGUCUGCAUUUAUCAGGGGCGCCAUCAGUGCUGUUGGCUGGCGGCUGGGUCUGCAGGCCGUUACCGGAGUCGUCUUCCUCACCUUCAUCCUUGGCACCUUCUACCGCUCUGCUUCACUCUAUCAUCCGCAGAGACGCGCCAUUUUGCACCUCAAGAACCAGAAACGCAAGAUCAAGGACAAGAACAAGGUAGACGACAGACCGCCGUUCUUCGAUUUCAGCACGCUGCGCAGUAAGACGGUGCGCAUCCUCUUGGUUUCGACUGGGAUCAGCUCCUUUGGUAUCAACACACCCAUCUUCUACCUGGCACACCAGGUGGAGCAGGAAGGGCUGGGCGACGUGGCCGUGCUGCUGCAGACAUACCUGGGAUUGGCCUGGACGCUGGGCUGCGCUGCGUUUGGCUUGGUGGUGGUGCAGAACUCUGUGGAGUGCCGCAUUGCACGCCAGUACCUUUGCCAGGCUGCAGUGUUCAUGUGUGGGCUGUCCAUCCUGGCACUGACUGCGGUCCAUGGCAACUAUCACGGCUAUGUCAUGUUUGCCUGGAUCUACGGGAUAUUCUGUGGAGGGUAUCACUACUCCCUCAAGAUGUACACAUAUGAGCGGGUGAGGGCACGCAACUUUGCGCGUACGUGGGGCUUUGUGCAGUGCUCACAGGCUAUUCCAAUUGCCAUUGGGGUGCCCAUAUCAGGUUACAUCAAUGUGGGCUGUGGUGGUAAGGCAGGUUACUACUUCAGUUCCACCUGCGUGCUGGUCGGUAGCCUCACGCUCUUCUUCAUUGACCUCCAUCGGCGUAACUUGGCACGGCACAAGCACACCCGCGCCAACGGAACGCAGCACCUCUGCGUUUCCGAGACGUGCCCCCAGAGGCGACGCCUCUCCUUCAGCCAGGAGCCGGACAACAAUGACCCGGGCGGCGGCGCCGCGGCACCCCCCAUGGUGGCCGUGAGCCCUGGCACACUGGUGAAUCCAGGGGCGGGUGCGUCAGAGCUGCUGGGAGGAGCAGGCAACCUACUGCUUGCAGCAGGGGACAAGCCCGAGCUGGAUGAUCUGGACUACAUAGGAGACUGUAUAACAUCAUGUAACAAGGUCGAGAACUACUUGAUGCUCAGCGAGUUUGAGAACAACCUCAUAGCCGAGAUGCCGGUGAUACUGGACAGGAAGGGGCGACGUUGGUCUCUCGCCAGGCAAAACACGCGGCCGGCAGACGACACAACAGCUGAAGUGAAGGUGGAUGAUGGGGAGGCAGCAACAGGUGCUCACCAUGAGGCGCGAAGGGGCUCUCGGGAGUUACCCGCGUUUCGAGCAAGCAAUACGUGGCGCCUCAUGUCGGGCCCAAAGCGAGUCAUCACCGUCAUUGACGAAGCAUCCGUGUGAUGGGACAGGCAGUAGGAAUGAAGUGGAAAGAAGCAUGAGGUCAGCUGGGCAGGUGAUUGAUCGAUCCAUGGACGUGUUUGCAUGGCUGUAUGUCAGGUGUGUGAGAGGAGUGGCACUGCUGUCAAUCCCAAGUGGCUCAGGAGGUCUACAGACAGCUCAUAAGCCCAGCUGGUGUACGGUGUGAACCUGCCUGUCCAGAUGUUGGCAGCUCACAUGUUGUUCUCAUCAUAAUUAAUGCCAUACUUUGGAUGCUGUCAGUUCUGUGUUUGAUCUGACCACUUUGCAGUAAGACAACACUGCCUAGCUUAACAUAUUUGCCAGAAUUUAAUUUUUCCCUGAAUAUAAUGCACACUCCACGUAUUAUUAAGAUUAAAUUGAAGAAAGUUUGUUCCCACAUCUGUUAUAAUCAGAUGUAUUCAAUAGUAUCGUGGCACUUACGUACUCUUACGUUGGAAGAUAAAUUUAAAUCCAACCUUUAAUCAUGAUUUCUUGUAUUGUUCACUGUUGUUGUGACAUAGGAGAAAGUAAUCUUAUUUCAGUAAAUGUGCAGUGAACGUGUUGAGGGUUCCUUUUGGGAGGAGAGUGUGUGUUGUGUUUAGGUACAUUCAGUGUGUUGAUGUCAGAUGUUCAUGUUCUUUUGAUUGCGCAUGUAGCAACUCCUUGGUGACAUUUUAUUUAUGUGUCACCUUCUUCUUGUAACUCAUGUUUCACUUAUGUACGUUGCUUCAUUUGUGACUGUUGUUCUAAUUUGCUUGCCACAUAAGGCAAUUUAAACAAAAUGCUGGACAGACUUUCUGACUUGCUGUUGUGUGUGGAUACAAAUAUUUUUAAUGAUACUCAAGGUGUUGGCAUUCUCUUUGUAUAUCUGUUAAGAACAACCUACAGUGGACCAACAUAAACUCUGUUCUUAGUGGGAUUUGUAAGAAAAUUUGAGAACAGCAAGUUAUUUUAUUGACUCCGAUCUUCAGACAUGCUCUGUGAAUCUCGUGAAACAGCUAAGGUCUCAUUUGUCAUGUUUUGUUUGAGAAAGGAGACGCACAUUGUAGCUUGUUGAGUAGAUUUGGUUUUCAGCCACGCUUGCCUGUCAGUGUUGCCUAUCCGUAUUGAAAAUGAACAGCUGUGGCAUCUCUUAAAUACUUCUUUACUGUACAAAACACAAGGACUAAUGCUUUAAAAUAGAGUACAGCCAAACUUUUGUCGUUUCUUCAUCUUCUUAGAAAAAUUAACCGAAGUUUAUUGAAAGCUAUUUGCUGUUCUCCACAUUUGUGACAAAGUGAGUUUAAGGUACUUUUUUGUUGCAGGUUCUCAUUAUUCUCAUGCAUUGCAUUUGUUUAGCUCUCAUAUGUUGCCUAACAUGAUGGUCACAGUGUGACUGUUUUGCAGGAAUUGUCACCUCCCAACAUUUGUGGAAUCUGUGAUUAUAGAAUGACAGUAUUUUGGCAUAUUAUUCUUUCUGUGUCAGUGAACCAACUGAAACACUCGAGCAAUGCCUCCUAUCAUUUGAUCUGGCUGAUGCUUAGAGACUGGUAUAAAAUUAUGUGAUUUAUGCUUGUAUGUGUUCAGAGAUGGCAUUAGCAUUGCUGCAGUUUGUUGCUUGUUUUGGGCUUAGAGACACAGAGGACGGCCGCAGGAAACGUUCGAGGUUUCACUUGCCUUGUGGCUUCUGAAACUUUUGUGCACUUCCAUCAUGUAAGUGUGUUUAAAUUUUGUUAUGAUCAUUAUAACUGUUGCAUAUUGUGUACGCUAUGGGAUAAGAUUGAGCACUUUCCAUAUAAGUGCACAACAUACUUGGUAUUCUCCCACUGUAUCUGUAGACUUAGCGUCUGAUAAGCGUUGUCCCCUUUCUCAAAGAACACAACAGCAUGUUGUAUGCAUGCAUGAAACACUUAACACACAUGCAAGUGGGUAAGUUAGAAUUUCAUUGGAGGACCAUAGUUGGUAAAAUUUGAGUCUACUUGUGGCAGCUCUGUUAGACUGUACUGGUCAACCAUGCCUGCUACUUGCCUUCAAGGAGUAAAUUAAGUUUCAGAUAUUAAUAGAGUAACAGUGGCUGAAUAAAUAUUUUAGACAAGGUGUUACAGAAAUGAAAGCGAUAAUUAUUAUAUAUUUGGUGUGUUGUAUAUGAUGGCCAAUAACAUGGAACUUCUUCCAUAUUGCUUGUGUGUUUUACGUUAUUAACAGCUGUGAUGUGUGUUGUGGUAUUGUAUGGUGAAAGAACACGGUGUGCACCAGCUUUCCAAUAUCAACGAACUGAUGUGUGUGUUGUGGCGACAAGAAUCUAGUCAAUAAUACCAACAGGGCAUAGACAGGUCUGAGGUUGGUAGCAAGUGACAAUAUGAAGAGUAUCGUCCAUUUUUACAACUUGUUAGGGUGUUCAGUGUCUGGGUAGAGUAUUCAUCAUUCGUAUACACCUUAUGUUAGCAAACGUGUCAGAAUUUGUGUUUCCAUAGCAACUCUGCCUGUGACUCUUAGCUCACUAUCUCACUAGUUUUAAAUAAACAUUUUACUAUAUUUUCAGAUUUCUGAAAUCAUCCCAUCUGUUUUGGCCACCUUGUCACCUGUACCUCAUUUGGAUCUUGAAGCAAACUGAAACUUGAAGUUAUCACAGUUCAAGAAGUCACAUGUCUUGUACAUUUGUUGAAAAGGGGUGAUACCUCAUUUGUAGUCCACAACUUUCCACAAACAUUUAGGUAUACAUUUGUGAUAUCAUCAUAGUUGUUUGUAUGUCUCUUCAACUCGCUAAACAAAUUUUUUACUCUAGAAUUUUUAUUAGCAUUUGAAAUCCACACUUCAUUUUUAUAUUUUAUAAAAUGUGUGAAUUUCUGGUCAGGCCAGCAACUGUUGGCUUCUCAAAAAGAACCAGUUAAUUAAUGUAAUUUUUAUAUCAAUUCAUAAUUGGUUAUUACUUAGAAUGGAGUUUUUAGUACAUUUUGAGAUAUAUUUUAUUAAAUGUUAAGCAGUGUGCAAAAUAUUUCAGAUGAAAAUUUAUAGGACGUAAUGAGAUAUAUUUUGUUUAGUGCUUGGUAAGGAGUUCUCAAUUCAAAUGCAAUUUAUGUUGUAUUUGAGUGAGCACUUCUUACCAAGCACUAAAGAAAAUUUCAACAGUACAUUUGCAUGGAGUCAUUUUAAAUUUCGGUUCAAAAAAGGGUCCAAGUCAUUGACCCAGUGUGAUGUUGCAGAAAGUGACCAGCACUUGUGCAACAGUGAUUCUUUAUCUUGAAACUUUGGUUCCUUACUGGCAUGUUGUGACAGUCGCAGGAGUCAUUGGAGCAGAAACAAGUUCUGACAGGAGUGCUUUAUUAUAGUAUGGAUGAUAUUUUUGUAGAACCAGAGUUGCUAUAUUUGUUACAAUAAAGAUGUAUAGCUUUGUGUGACUACAGUGAAA